AAUUCUAACCCAUUCUACGGGAAUCACAGCUCAUCAAACUUAACAACAGAACAAACCAGGUAACCGAUACAAACCAAAAAUACCCAUAUCCUACAGACUAAAAUUAGACCCUAAAACCUGCCAGCUAAUUACCAAUUAAUCAAUCGGUUUAAUUUAAUUAAUCCACCACCUCCUCCUCUAUAUAUGCACCCCUCUCCCUCCUCUCGUCUCCCUUGCACCAUUAGAGGGAGCGCAUCCAAACCCAAUUCUCUAAAAAUGGAGUUGGACCUGGAGAAUCUCAAAGCCAUCCGGGUCCUCGGCCGAGGAGCAAUGGGCACGGUCUUCCUCCCCGCCGGCGACCUCAACUCCCUCCGCCACUCUCUCUCCGACGGGAUCUUCUCCUCCUCCGCCAUCAGAUUCUACCUCUCCGAGAUCCUCUCCGCCCUCUCCCACCUCCACGCCCUCAGCAUCGUCUAUCGCGACCUCAAGCCCGAGAACGUCCUCAUCGAUUCCGGCGGCCACGUCAUCCUCACCGACUUCGACCUUUCCCGCCAACUCCAGCCGAGGCGCGCCUCCUCCGCCGCCGAGACCUCCACGUCCCCGCCGCGGCCGCCGCCCUCGCACCGCAGGAACCUGACCAGGAUCAUGCUCUUCGUCGCCGACGACUUCGGCCUCAAGCGCCACCUCACCAAGGCCAAAUCCGCACGUGUCUCCCCCGUGGGCAGGCGGCGGAGCAGCAUGUCGGGAUUCGAGAGGUCCCACUCCUUCGUGGGGACCGAGACCGAAGAGUACGUGGCGCCGGAGAUCGUGAGGGGAGACGGCCACGAGUUCGCCGUUGACUUCUGGGCGCUCGGGGUUUUGACCUACGAGAUGGCGUUCGGGCGAACGCCGUUUAAGGGGAAGAACAGGAAGGAGACGUUCCGCAACGUUUUGACGAAGAACGUGGAGUUCGUUGGACGGCAGAGAUCGGAUCUCACGGAUCUG